GGGGACAAGGGAGAUGGACAAACAGACAUGGAGGAGGACAGACGUCUCCUACUAAUGCUGCUACUGUGCUGGGUAUUUCUACAAGGGGCGCUGGCACAAGCCAACAACAAAGAGGGAAUACUCCGGGAUACACUCUUUGAGAGUUACAAUGUUCUUGUUCGGCCCACGAAGACCCCCCAGGAAAAGGUUACAGUACAAGUGGGGAUGAGUCUGUCCCAGCUUAUCGGCCUGAAUGAGAAAGACGAAGAGCUGACCACGAAGGUCUACAUGAAUAUGGCCUGGAAUGACCUCCGCCUCACCUGGGACCCAUCACAAUAUGGUGGCAUCAAGACUCUGCGGAUUCCCUCUGACAGUGUGUGGAAGCCGGAUAUCGUCCUUAUGAACAACUAUGACGGUGAAUUUGAGGUCGGGCUUGCGGUUGAAGUUUUGGUUAACUGGAAAGGCAAUGUCACCUGGCUGCCCCCGGCCCUCUAUCACAGCAGCUGCCCCAUCGAGGUCCAAUACUUCCCGUUUGACUGGCAGAAUUGUAGCAUGGUAUUCCGGUCUCAGACCUAUGAGGCAGACGAGGUGACCCUGGUACACCCGAGGGACGGCCAAGGAAGGGAGAUCACUCAAGCCGUCAUCUUUCCCAACACCUUUGAGGAAAAUGGCCAGUGGGAGAUUCGAUACCGAUCAUCCCGUAAGAACGUGAGCCCAACAGACCCGCUUUAUGAGGACAUCACAUUUUACCUGGUGAUCCGAAGGAAGCCGUUAUUCUAUAUUGUCAACAUCAUCAUCCCUUGCAUUCUUAUUACCAUUCUGGCCAUCUUUGUCUUCUACCUUCCCCCCGAUGCAGGUAGUGAGAAGAUGACGCUGUCCAUCUUUGCUCUUCUCACACUCACUGUCUUCUUGCUGCUUCUGGCUGACAAAGUCCCAGAGACCUCGUUGAAGGUCCCCAUCAUUGUCAACUAUCUCAUGUUUACCAUGAUUCUGGUCACCUUUUCUGUCAUCCUGAGCGUAGUGGUCCUGAAUCUUCACCAUCGAUCCCCCAACACCCAUCACAUGCCCCAGUGGGUGCGGCAGGUAUGGCCCAUCUCCCUUGUCAGUGUAUUGACCUACUUGACCCCAUAG